AUGAAUUUUCGGGUAUCGAUUCUCCUCCUCUGUGUGAUAUCUGGGUCAUGCGGGAUCGCCUCGUCCCUGCCGGACUUUGACGUUUGCGAUCACGAAUUCCAUGUGUUAAGAUCCGGAAUUGAGAAAAAAUGUCCUCGUUCCCUCCAUCCCAAGCCUCCUAUCGAGGUAGAUGGAGACUUGCUAGACAGACUCAUGAAUGCAAACCAUGGAAAUGCUUAUACAUCAAUACUAUUUUAUGCCUCAUGGUGCCCAUUUUCGCGUGCAGUACGCCCCAAGUUUGAGAUUCUGAGUUCAUUGUUUCCUCAGAUAAAGCACCUGAUUUUGGAGCAAUCUCAGGCUUUGCCAUCAGUCUUUUCUAGGUAUGGUAUUCGUAGCUUGCCUUCAAUCCUGAUGGUGAAUGAAACAUUGAAGAUGCGAUUCCAUGGUCAAAAGGAUCUUGCAUCCCUGAUUCAGUUUUACCAGGAAACAACAGGUCUUAAACCUAUCCAAUAUGUGGAUGAAGAUGAACCAACAAGCUUGGACACUGAUGGUAAUCUGAUCACAUGGCUACACAACGGGUCGUCUAUAAGAGAAAUAGCAGAAAGAGAGCCAUAUCUGGUACUUGCACUGAUGUUUCUGUCUUUGAAGCUGGCAAUUUUGAUCUUCCCCGUAAUGGGAUCGCGUUUGAAAACGUUAUGGGCGUCUUAUGUUCCGCAUCUGAGCUUGGGAAUACUCGGUGAGACUAGCCAGCUGUUUGGCCGUGCACUGCACAUGAUCGAUGUGAGGAGGCUGUGGAUGAAACUUAGACUCACCAAAACAAGGAACUUCCAAGAAAGAGCAAAGAACGCACUUGCAUCGGUCUCACUAGGAAAAUCUACAUCACAAUCAGCCUAA